AUGGCAGCUGCGUUACAAACGCGGACAUUACAAGCAAUUUUCCAUGAGUCCGAACAGGUCAUCAGACAGCUGACUGAGCAAGAGAUCGAGGAGUUCAAAGAAGCGUUUCUUCUAUUCGAUAAAGACGGAAAUGGUACGAUCUCUACCAAAGAGUUAGGCAUUGCUAUGAGGGCUCUUGGGCAAAAUCCAACUGAACAGGUCAUUUACAUAUCUAAGCCAAAUGAGUAUGAACCAACAAAAUGGAGUCUGUAA